UGAGAAUGUGACCUCGCUGGAGUUUCCAGUUUCCAAAUUUGAUGUGAUCUCCCAGCUGGAACGAGGAGAAAAGCCAGCGGUGCCAGAUGUCCAGGGCUCAGAUGAAAGAGAGAUCUGGAGGGAUGCCUACCCAGGUUAUGGGGUGUUGAAUGAGAAUGAGGAGCAGAAUCCUCAGCAGCAAGAUGCUGAGCACGUGGAAGCACAUGCAGGAUUAUCACAAAGAUCCAAAGGGAAUGUGCAGGGAAGAGCCUGUGAGAGUGAGCACAGGCCAGAGAGAGAGCAGGGAAAGAAGACAGGGGAGAAAAUGAGUAAAUCCAUUAAUUAUCAGGAAACUCAGAAGGAAACCACAGCCCAGAAGAGAAUCCUCACAGGAGAGCAAAGCAACACGUGCACUGAGUGUGGGAAAAAUUUCAGUAGCCGCUCACACCUUGUAGAACAUCAGAGAAUUCACACAGGGGAGAGACCCUACGAGUGCUGUGAGUGUGGAAAAAGCUUCACGCGGAGCUCUACCCUUGUGAGGCAUGAGAGGGUCCACACAGGAGAGAGACCCUAUGAAUGUUGUGACUGUGGGAAAACCUUCAGUCAGAGUUCAUCCCUUAUUACACAUCAGAGGACCCAUACAGGAGAGAGACCCUACCAAUGCCAUGAGUGCAGGAAAAGCUUUGCUCGGAUCUCAACCCUUGUUAUGCAUCAGAGCACCCACACAGGAGAGAGACCCUAUGAAUGCUGUGAGUGUGGGAAAAGCUUCAGUCAGAGUUCAUCCCUUAUUGCACAUCAGAGGAUCCACACAGGAGAGAGACCCUAUGAAUGCCAUGAGUGCAGGAAAAACUUCAGUAGUCGCUCAGGGCUUUUUGACCAUAAGAGAAUCCACAGAGGGGAGAGACCUUAUGAAUGCCGUGAGUGUAGGAAAACCUUCACUCGGCGCUCACACCUUAUUACACAUCAGAGAAUCCACACAGGAGAGCGCCCCUAUGAGUGCUGUGAGUGUGGGAAAAACUUCUCUCAGAUCUCAGCCCUUAUCAGACAUCAAAGAAUUCACACAGGAGAGAGACCUUAUGGAUGCUGUGAGUGUGGGAAAAACUUCUCUCAGAGCUCAGCCCUUACUGCACAUCAGAGAAUCCACACAGGAGAGAUCCCCUAGAGAUGCUCCGUGUGGGAAAAGCUUCCAUCAGAGCUCAGUCUUAUCAUCACAGAAUCCACAUGGGGGAUAAACACAAUAAAAACCUUAUCUAGAGCUGACCAAAAAAAAUUCUUUAAUACUUUUGUUAAUUCCCACAUAGUGGCCUUUCAGGCUAUUUGAAUCAUUUACAUUACCAUGGUCUCUCCAAUCUCUUUUUGCCUCCCGAGGUCCCUUUCUUUCCUACAGAUCCAUAACUUUGUGUGGAAGUUAUGUCCAAGCACAAGAUGGUUUGGGAAAUUAUUAAAACGAUUCCUCUUAAUCUAAAAUGCUGGCUUCCUAGAGAUACCCUCACCUGCUCACUUAGUUCUGCAGUAAAGGAUCUGCCAGAUGAAUGCCAGACGAAUCCAUCUUUAUUGCUAGCAGUUAGACACCGUAUUGAAUAUUCUUGGAAAAAUGUGACCCGCUUUCUCCUGUGGCACUAAGUAUAUAAAAAUAUAGACUGUUCUUGUAGUGGAAAACUUUUAUAUCAACUACAUAAGCAAGAGAAGUGCCAAAAAAAGAGGAUAGCUAUUUAGCAAUUUUGUCAUAUAUUCUCUCGAACUUGGGAGGUGAUGGAAUCUCCAUCCUCAGAGGUUUUUACGGCCCGACUUGACAAAACCUUGGCUGGGAUG